AUGAAGAAGUUAAAGAUUGAUAAAGAAAGUGGCAGAGACGACAAGGAACUUUGGUGCACCGACUGUAAGGCAAAAGGGCAUACGAAGGGGACAUGUUCAAAGAAAGCUUUUUGUGACAUCUGUCAGGUACUAAGCCAUUCCACCAAGGAAUGUUCGUACAAUUUAAAAACACGGAUCACACAAGUGCUCUACACUCAAGGCGAGCAAGCUACUCCACCAGUCACACCACCUAAACAAUCAACAAACUCAGAGGCUUCACUAGGAAGAUACCGUAAUAAUCGGCGCGGAAACAACCAUUCCAAUAGUAACACACCAAGGAGUAAAAUUCAAUACGAUGCAAAAGGGCAGCCCAUGAUCCAAUGUCGGAAAUGUAAUGAGUGGGGCCACUUUGCUCAAGAAUGUCAGAACGGGAACAAUGGUGGAGGUUUGUUGUGCAAAUGGUGUGGUCCUAGAAACCAUGAGGACACUGACUGCCCCAAACAGAAGGGAGUAAACAUGUUGGACAUAAAGGAGCCAAACGAGGAGGUACUCGCAAUCACAAGAUUGCAAAACGGCCUUCCGGGACCUAGUCUUGAAGUAUCAAAGGACGACAGUGGUAAGGAUGGAAGCCAUGAAGGCCCAGCGGGAUCAGGUAGUGCGGAAAGUAGAGGGUAUCAGGAAAACAUUGGCUCACCACAUUCAGUAGAGUCAGUCACAGUUGGCUCAAGAGCACUCUCGGAUUACCGUGUUGGAGGAGACAGUUGCCAAGAACAUGCAGGAGUGGGAAGUAAGUGA